AUGGGCAUCAGUAGUCAGCGCAACAAUGGCUUCAGAGAAAACUGGAAAUGUGCUCUCAUCUGUUUGGGCAUGGCCUUCGCGACCGCCCAAUAUGGCUUUGACGUGUCCGCUAUAGGAACAUGCCAGACCAUGCCUGGCUUCUUGAUGACUUUCGGAUAUCGUGAUCCAGAGUUGAAAGGGGGUUGGGGCAUCUCUACGACUGACCAGCAGUUAAUUGCAUCAUUCCUGAACGUGGGAACUAUAAUCGGCGUUUUCUUCAUUACGCCGUUUGGUCGCUAUUUUGGUCGCAGACAUGGGAUAUGGAUGGGCGCCAUUAUCGCUUUCGCCGGAUGUGCUACUCAGAUAGUGGCUACCUCAAUUGCCACCUUGUGUGUUGGGAGGGCGUUGAUGGGAGCUUCAAAUGCUUUCUUCAUCACCUUUUCAAAUGCGUAUAUCGUCGAGUGCGCGCCUCCACGGCUACGUGCAGUUUGCUCCGCUAUGUUCGCCGUCACUAUCAACAUUGGAACUAUCCUUGGGGCUAUCGUCGACGAAAGGACAUCUCAUAUUAUGGGCAAGCUUUCUUACCAGAUCCCCCUCGCUUGUCUAUUCAUAUUUCCUACAUUGUUGAGUAUUUUCAUCUUUUUUAUUCCCGAAUCUCCUCGGUGGUUAGUACUCCAUGAGCGCCGCGAAGAGGCCGAGAAGUCGCUCGCUUUUCUUCGUGGCGAUUCUCUCGACCCAGUGUUUCUCCAGGAGGAGUUCGUUGAGAUCAUCCGGGGGGUAGAGGAAGAGAAGUCGAACGCGUCUGGAUCUAGCAUAAUCGAUAUUUUCAAGGGCACUAAUCUACGUCGCACGAUGCUAUGCGUUGCCGUCGCGGUUUCACGCGCUUCUUCAGGCGUAUGGGUAUUCUUGUCUUACGGUACCUACUUUUACCAGCAAGCCGGAGUCGAUGAUGUCUUUAAAAUUGGUAUCUACUCUAUGGUUGUUCAGCUUGUCGGUGUCACGGCUGGCUUGUACUGCGCAUACAAAGUCUGGGGUCGUCGUACCAUGCUUCUUAUAGGGACCGGUUCGGCAGUCAUAGCCAUGGUUGGACCAGCAAUAGGAGCCACAAUCGCGCCCGGUACACCAGAAGCUGCAAGAGUAUUUCUCGCCUUUAACUUCUUUUACGUUAUUACAUACAGCGGCUUCGCUGGUUCAAUGACGUGGCCUAUAUCGGCGGAAGUGGUGAACUCAAGAUUGCGGGUGCUCACGUUAUCCUUUGCCACCGGUGUAGAUUAUGUAUUUGCUUUAACUGGGGUUGGGACUAUAUCCGACGUGUUUGCAACCACAACACAAGCCUCAACCAACAAUGUAUUGUCUACAGCUUUUCCAUGGCCCCCUUAUGCAGACUUAGAGUACGCCACGGCUUUGCCAAAGCCGUCUAAAACGGUAACGUACGCGCGACCUUACUCGGAACUUGGAUCGCUCGCCGGUCCUCAGAGAACUACAACGUGGGCGAGCGUAGCUAAUCCACUCGACCCAGACGAUGAGUUCGGCAACGUCGCUUGGUCAUCUCUUUGGGCCCCCUUUUCCGUGGAUCCCCCUCCAUUUACAACAACAGCUACGCCAACACCGGUCCCGAGCUCUCAGCUCAUAAAGCCUACGCCUCUACCUUUCUCAAUAGGCAAGGGCGAAACGGAUGAGUUCAAGUUUCCGAACGACUUCGACUGGGGGUUUGCCGGGGCCGCCAUGCAAGUCGAAGGUGCGACUAAGACUGAAGGAAGAGGUCCCUCGAUUAAUGAGCUCAUACUCGGCCGUGGACGACCAGGGGUCGUCGGUUCUGGCCCACCGGAUAUUGCAGUGUUGAAUUAUUAUUUAUAUAAGCAAGACAUCGCAAGACUCGCUGCCCUAGGAGUUAAGUCCUACAGCUUCAGUAUCGCUUGGUCGAGAAUCCUCCCGUUUGGGUAUCCUGGCUCUCCGGUAAAUCAAGAAGCGAUUUCCCACUAUGACGACCUUAUCAAUACGAUCCUAGAAUACGGCAUGGAACCGAUUGUCACCUUAAAUCACUUCGAUACGCCGUUACAUUACUUCAAUACUUCUUCCUGGCAGGGAUAUGACCAUCCCGAAUUUGUCGAAGGAUUCUUCAACUACGCGAAGAUUGUAUUGACGCACUAUUCUGAUCGAGUUGGUACUUGGAUAACUUUUAACGAGCCGAAUGUGGAUUCCGCUGUAGUCAAGAAUUGGAAUGCAAGCUACAAUAUUGUCAUGGCCCACGCUAAAACAGUUCAUUUCUAUCGAGACCAAAUUAAAGGGGGUGCCAAAUGGAGUAUUAAGUUGGCUUUUCCUUCUGGAUUUCCACUUCCACUGGACCCCCAAAACCCGGACGAUGUUGCACUCACUGAGAGACAGCUUGGUUUUUCUAUCGGUUAUAUCGCGAACCCAAUAUACUUGGGACUCCAAACUCCUUCCAGCGUCAUCGAAGCGUUGAAAUCCCGUGCGCCUAGCUAUACCGAAGAGGAACUACAGUAUGUCAAUGGUACUGCAGACUUCUUUGCCACGGACAUAUACACCGCGAGAUAUAUCACUGCCUUAGAUGAAGGGACAGAGGCGUGCAUUGAAUAUAGCUCGCACCCGAAUUUCCCGGCCUGUACAAAUAUUACCUCGGUACGAGGAAACUGGCAAAUAGGAGCAGGAAGUAAUGGCGAUGCCAAUACGUGGUACCAGCAUGCCCGUACUAUAUUCAAGUACUUGCAUACAAAAUAUCCGACUGCUGAUGGCAUCACCAUUGCUGAAUUUGGGUGGUCUACUUUUCACGAAGCCGAGAUGACUCAAGACCAAGCGCGAACGGAAUUCGCGUCAACACUUUUCUAUCUACCAAUUUUAAACGAGAUAUUAAAGUCGAUUUCCCAGGAUGGCGUGAAGUUUAAAGGAGCAUUCGGUUGGGCUUAUGUCGAUAAUUGGGAAUGGGGCCAAUAUAACGAUCACUUUGGGGUCCAAGCAUUCGACAACGUAACACUUGAGCGUACAUAUAAACGCUCUAUAUUCGAUUUCGUCGACUUUAUCAAGGCACAUAGUGAGUCUUGA